AGGCGCGAAUCCGUUGUCAUUUGCGUAUUUGCGUGCUGGUGUUUGAUAUCGCCGUGAACGGCCGUUAUAUUGCGUCCUCGCCCGAUUACGAGAGUUCUUUUACCUGUUGUUUAUCAUUUAAAACACGUACCUGUAAAAAUUCUACGGGAGAUUCAGAUCCUGCCAAAUUAGACUUGGCGCUGGUCGCGUGGAGUGUGCAAGGAAAUCCGAGGCUUGAAGAUUGGUUACGUUAGAAUCAACGAAUUCUGAAUUCGUUGGUUAGAGCGUUAGUUUGGCGCUCAAACCUGAAUCACAACAAAUAAUCUUCUGAACUACAGGAGUUUUAUUAAAAUCCUGAUUUGGCAAUAUGUUAACGGGUGGCGGUCCCUCAUCUGUGACUGCAGAAGCAUUCAGCACUCCACGACGAGCCCAAAAACGUCUUUUUGUUGCGGCUCAUUCAUCGAGCAAGCGAAAUUUAUUUCGCGAUGACCGGAGGUCUAGUCCAGCUGGGGGAGUGUCUGGAGAUGAAUCGGAUCUAGGGCCGAUGUCGCCAUUAGCAUUAAGCGAUGCAACUCCUAGCAGCUCUACAAACUCACCACGUCGCACAUUUGACUCGCCGUUGGCUGCCUUUGUCCCUGAGGCACUUUCGGUAAGUGGCUUGUCAGAUUCAAAUGUUUAUGAAAGAAUCUCACACCACGAUCUCGAGGAAAAUUUGAAUGUGGUGCCAACUGCACCAUUCACUGUUCUGAAAAUGUCGACUAGAUCUGCGAUUUAUUCUCAGCGCCGAAGAGCAUGUCAGGCCGCCCCAGUUGUUCCAAUUUCAACACCGGUGCUACCUGUAGCCUCUGGAGAAAAAACAAUACCAUUGGACGAAAGUGUGCAUUGGAAAUCGGGUAUAACUGACACACCAAAAAGGAGUUUUGGUAGAGAAGUUCAGAAUGAACCAGCUUUUAAUUCUGAAAUUAAAGCAGAAACGCCACAGAAGGAAGAUAGUCCUGUGAAGAAGCUGAUAACCCCAUUAGGUUCUGUUACUAAAGAAGCUGCACUUCCUCGUUUACAUCACAGAAAAUUUUCAAACAGUAUUGUGGCUGAUGGAAAUUCUUCACCAAUAGAUGACAAAGAGAAUAGAUCUAAGAGAAUAGCAAGCGACGACAUUGCUCCAGCUUCUGUGAAGCUAUUCAAAUCAGAUGAGUGCAGUUCUGUGCCUAGGGCAAGAGCAGCCUUAUUUCAAGAGAAAAAGGAAGAGUUUAAGCUAAGCACCAAAUCGUUCUAUAGCUCACCACCAACAAAUCUCCCUGUGAGAGGAUCCUCUGUGAGCAUUGACAGGAAUGAGGUACGCCGUGGACAAAAGAGACGUAGCUUACCUGCCAAGAGCAAUCAUGGACGAUCCUCCAAGAGGCACAGAUAUGGUGAAAUCAAUGCUGGAAUUGGGCAUUGCAUUAGAAAGCCAAGACCUAAAAAACAUGUAUCAAGAGUAGAAGCCUCGAAAAAAAGAAAUAAGAUCAACAACUCUAGCCCAACCUUAGUUGAGAUGCAAGACGACACUAUUGAUGCAGGUCUUGCAAAUAUCUUUUCAACUAUUCACCAGCCUGAGCUUGAAAAAAAUGCUGAUAUUCUUGCUCCGGCAAUAGAGCAGGCUACAUCUCCAUAUGUUGAUCCAAGAAGAAAGUUCUUCAAAACUAACAGGACAUUGGUCAAUAAUUCUCUGGCCACUGUAACUGUUAACAAUAUGAUAAAAUUGCAGGUUUCACAUGGGAAACUCAAGCUGAAACCUCGUCAAUCAACGGCGUGCAAAAAUAUCCUUGCCAAAUCCAAAGAUGUCAAUAUAGUACUUGAUGCUAGUGAUUUAACGGUUGAUGAUCCUAAAUUUGUAGUUCCUACAAAUGAGAAAAGUGUAACUGAUAUUCUAAAAAUAUUAGAAAAUGAUUGGGCAGACGAUGAAUAUGACUCGAUGGAAUCAUUAACAGUUGAACACAGACAACCACUAUCGCCAUUGAAACCAUCAAUGAUUCAAAAUGAUAUUACCAUGUCUCCUGCUAGCGAGCUCAUUAAUAUGACAUCGGUAAUGAAUAUAAAGGAUGGUAUUGCUCCCAAUUUUGAAGCUCAGAGUGUUGCCAACAAUGCCAAUCAAAACAAAGAGACCAGAUUCUAUCCUUUGUUCAGUAAGGACUUUGCUGGAAGUGGAGCAAUCAGGGAUAGCCCAAAAAAGAUUAAUCACGGCAGAAAGAGAACUAUGGGUUGGCAAUUAGCAGCAAAAACUGCUUAUAAAGAUGAUAAACAAUACCAACUGGAUGUGGGUCAAAAACGGUUCGGCGCCACUCAAUGUCCUCAGUGUGGAGUCGUUUACCAGCUGGGAGAUCCAGACGACGAGAGCUCUCAUCGCAAUUAUCAUGAUAAUUGGAAGAUUCUGAAAUUUCCCGGGUGGAAACGCGAACGUGUUGUGAGCACAGAUCCAUAUACAUCCAGCAGAAUAAUCUUGGUCGAAUCUGGAGAUUCCAAAAAUUACUGGAAAAAAGUUUCGGAAAUUCUGGCAUUCGUCGACAGAGAUUUGGGACUUGCAGAGACGAAACUGUCAGACUAUCAAAAAGACAAGAUCUACCUUUACAUCCGGAAUAGAGAAGUUAUCGGUGUACUAGCCGCAGAAUAUAUCACAGCUGCAUACAGCAUGAUACCAGACCUAUCAGAUAUUGAUUGCUGUAGUUCAGAAAGUUCUGCCGUUAAAUGUGGCGUCAAAGUUCUGUGGACAAGCAUGACAUACCGUAAACAGGGUAUCGCCACAAAAUUGAUGGACACUUUAAGAGGGAACUUUUACUUAGGAUACAUACUAUCUAUUGAUGACAUUGCUUUCUCAAUACCAACACCCGAAGGUAAAGCUUUUGCCGAAAAGUACACCAAAACACGGAGUUACAAAGUGUACAAUUAAAUCCUCGGCGUUAUUUUUUAUAUACCAAUGUACAUUGUAUCUUUAUGUUUACGCGUGUAUUUACAUCACAGAACCAGAGCUUAAAUUAUUCGAAUGUCUGUCCUGGCGCAUUAACCCUGUGUUACUUUAAAUUCUGUAAUCAGCUGGAUGCGCCUGAAACAAUAAAGUUCAUUAUUGAAAGACU